CUCACCAUUACAUCUGAGCUUUUCAUCCUCACGCUCACCCUCUCCUCAUUGUUCGACCAUGGCAUCUAAGACAGUUCCCGCCAUGAAUCCCUGGGAAGUCAAUGCUCUUAACUACGAGUUCCCUCAAGAAGGUUCUCUAAACGUUGACGGCUCAGUGAACUCCGCGGGCACUUGGCGUCGAGUUCAAGACCCUGUCAUCUACCCAGGCCUCUAUGCUCCCAGUGGCAUUGAUAUCAUGUCCAUCUUGUUCCGAGUAAUGGGACGACCAAACCCCCAAGUUGUUUUGGGCCCCGUCGACUGCUCUGUCGCCCUUGUCGUUUGCGACAUGGCCGGAGCUGAUGCUCCCGUCAUCUACGUCUCGGAGUCUUUCACUGAUCUUACCGGAUACUCUUCUCGUGAAGCCGUAGGCCGAAACUGUCGCUUCCUCCAAGCACCGCCUGGCCAGGAGCGUCGUCCCGACAGGAAGGGUGCAGACAAGGUCGCCUCACAUCGCAUGCGCCAGGCUCUCAUGGCUGGGAUGGAGAUUCAGACUUCUGUCACCAACUACAAGAAGUACGGGCAGCCGUUCAACAACCUCCUGACCAUCAUUCCAGUCCCUGCCGACAACACUGGCACCUGUUACUGCAUCGGCUUUCUAUGUGAAAUGGAUUAGAUCACAGCCAUUCAAAACGACUACAACACUCGACGGCAACGACGACAAUGAAAACAAUGUGAUGAGAUGACUCUCAUCUUAUACCUCACGUCCCCCUUGUCCUUUACGACUAUACGGCAGGGAUAUACCCCUCGCCAAACAUACAACAACACUCAAAAUUCCAAAGUACCGACACAAACUUCAGUCUUCUCCUCACCUCCCCUGCUUCGACAUUGGGUCUUGGUUUCUUUAUGUCGUUCCGGUAUCACUGCUUCAAGGCAUUCACGAAUAUUUACGAUACCCUCUACAUUUCCUUUCUCCAAAACAGUUACAGCUCAUCACACUGGAAGCACUUCAAGGUGUUAAGGUCACAUUCAUCACAACAUAUGGUUUAGCGUUGUUUUUUAGUUCAUCAUUUGGGUCUUUACUAUCAUAUCUUGAUGAUUUACGCGCCAUGAAGGUUACGGAUUUUUAGAUUGCAUUUUGCUGGAACUCGGGCUCGGGCUUGAAUAUUACAGCAGCAUGGUUCGCGGGAAAGAUCUUGUUUUCUCGUUUUAUUAUAGACUCUGCUCUCAGGCAUGGGCAUAUCUUGUUAGGCGCUUCAGGAGUACACUUGUCUAUUUCUCAUUACCUGUUCCUCAUCAUGGAACAAGGAGUUGGCAGGAGUCAGUUGGGCAUCAAAGUAGCUGAUCAAUAUGGCAUGAGAUCGUCAAUGCAACAUGAACGACCGAACAUCCUGUUAUUAGGUGGAUUAUCGUAUCCGAUCAUAC